UUAUUGUACUUUUGAAAUGUAAACAAUAGCAAGUGGAUGGCAAAUGUACGCAAAACUGGAACAAGCAGCAACGACCACAUGCGGUACUAGCUCUACAACACCGAACACACACCUAAAGUUUUACAACAAUACUGUUUUUUUAACAGGGUUGCGAUAACAAAGUCUAAAGUAAAUCUAAUAAAAUUGUUUCUAAUUACAAAUAUUAAACAAAUUUUAAGACGCCAGCUGCCGCAAAUUAUCAACAAUGCUAUGUUUAUUUUCUUAUAUAAAUUUCCGCAAAAUAUAUACAAUUAUUUCGCAGGAUGGGGAAAAAGAGACAAUGCGAAAUCAAAUAAAUGAUAUAAUAACGUUGCGCCGCCAUCUCACAAAUUCCAAGCCACAACUAUUACCGACAGUCUUAUUCCCCACUUUUAAGUACUGGAACAAGGUCUGACAGAUAAAUUCAUCUCACAUGCAGUUUAAUUUAUAGUGAAAAUAUUAUUUAUGCUCUCGCACCUGGCAAUACUUUCUUGAUGACGGGAUGUCAAACAUUUAUAUUAAUUUACUUCGUUUAAACUAGAAGAAGCAAAGCAAAUAUUUUCGAUUCUGGAGAAAUUUUUCGGGUGGAAAAAUUGCAAUAUUAGAAAUUGUGUGAUAUUAAAAAGAAAAAACAAAUAGAUUUAAGUUAAGACAAAUAGUUUCUAGAAAUUAACACGCAUGUAACCUGAAAAUGUUAAAAUAUUUUCGCAAGCUUAGUCGUCAUAACUCUGCUACCCUCGAAUAUGGCCAAAAUAACACCGAUGUAGUUGAUGAAAUGGAACAGUCGUCAAAACAUAAUUCAUUGCGUUCAACAUCAAGCUUUUGCGACGAGGUUUUUCUUGAGGAGUUAUUUAAGGCAUCUGACGGAACUGAAGUGCUAGAUAAUGUAGACGAUGACGCCAUUAGUUGCGGGGCUUUAAGUCUUGAUGCAUUUAACAAUGCCGGUCUAGGAGGUACUGCAGGAGUUUUAAAUAAUGCUGUUGCACUUAUGACAGAUAAAGAUGUCUUCAAAUACCAUUCACGUCUUUGCAUGACUUUGUGCUCUAUCGUAAGUGAGCCCAAUUGUCUUAGCUACUUUGUGCAAUAUCUGGAAAGUAAAAACGCUUUGCUGCUUAUUAAAUUUUAUUUGGAUACGGAAAAUUUUAAAAAUUCUGCAAUUGCACAAUUAAAAAAGGAAACUAAAGGUAAUUUCACUACCUUGCAAGAACCAAUGGAAAGAGACAUUUCGUUGCCCUCAACUUCGGAAUGUCAAGCAAUAAAUAAUUAUGCUGACGACGAACGCAUACAAGAGAAACGUGUCGAUUGCGAUUGCGAUAGCGAUGUACCUGAAUUGAAAACUUUAUGCGAUCUUUCGAUGCGUAAGCCGAUCACCGAUGACGAGAAAAGUCAAAUUUUUGCAGAGACUAGUAGACAUUUAUAUCGAUGUAGCGAUAAUCAAAAGCUCAAAGCUUCCUCAGAAUUGUCAUUGUGUAGUAGUAAUUUUAGCAGCAAUGUGUGUUUAAACGAGUUCCUGGACAGUAUACAAAUUAGUGAUGUCAGCAUCAAGGACGCUUUGACUAUUUAUCAGAAAUACCUCAUAGUUGAUGCUGCGGUGGAUCAUAUCAAACUCCCAGUAGAUAUUAUUUCAAAAAUUUCAUUGAUACUCUGUAGGAAAUCAAAUGAAAUGGACACGACGGACACUUUACCUAUUACGGCUGAUUGUUUUGUAGAGGCUCAACAUUUUAUAUUAGAAAAGCUGGAGAAGGAAUUUUUAAAUGAUUUCCUGCAAAGCAACUAUUAUUUCAAAUAUUGUGUUGAACUUAUCGAAAAUCAAGAUUUAAAUAUCUGCGAUAUUUUACACAGUGAAGUUACACUAUUCUAUUUUAUGGAAUAUUUGGAGCAACAAGGAGAGCGCGACUGUUUAGAUUUUUGGUCUACCGCCAUUAAUUACCGCAAAAGUUAUGUUGCUUUCGAAAAUCCUAUUCGUAACGAAGAUGAAGCACGGGCAGACGCCAUGAUCAUAUAUGAAAGGUUUUUCUCCUUGCAAGCUGAGUGUGGAUUAUGGGCUUCAAGUAAACUUCGAGCGUACGUCGAAUCAACAAUUUGUUCUGAAGCUUGGAUAAAUUAUUGCUUUGAUUUGCCAUUAAAAGUGGCAGCCAAGUAUUUGGAACGCAAACAUUUGAAAAACUUUCUGAAAUCUUCGCUUUUCGACAAUUAUCUUAAAGAGUUAAAAUCGCGUAUAGAAAAUGAGAAAGAAAUUAAAAAAAUGCCUUUAAGACGUAGUGCAAGUGACAAAACAACGAACAGAUUUCGUAAAAAUCGAUCUGAUUGCAUAUUGGACAGGAAACCAUUUAUAUCUCAGAGGAAUACCUUGUUGGCCAGCAUGGAUAACAACCACUCGUCUUCACAUUUUAAACAAUUUAAAUUAGAUAUCGAUUCCAGUCAACUAACUAAUCCCGACUUAUUGUGGCAUCGUUCACACGCCGGCAAUGGUAAUGGUUUAAAAUUUGGUUAUGUCAACUCUUUAGGACGUUAUGAACGAGAUUUUGUGAAGCCCAGUGAUGCUCUAAUACAAAAUUCCCUUAAGAGUACUCAUAAUAAAUUGAAAAAAGCAGUAAGAAAACUGGUAAACCUGCCCCAAGACAGCGUUCAAGAAGAGAUUGCUUGGCAAGUGGCUGAGAUGAUUGUUAAAGAUAUUACUAAAGUAACAAUGGGUGGUGGCGGUGGUGAUAAUAAGAGUUUGGUUAAAACCGAAUCAAAAGCCAAUUGUCUUUAAUUUUCUUAUAAGUAAGAGAAGCAACUCUAAUAAGACAAUAUUUGCUCUUGUCUACUGUACAUAGUAUUAAGUUAUUUUCUUAUCUUCUCAGUGCAAGCUUGAUACCACAAAAAUACUUUGAUUAUUAUUGCUAAGAGCGCUGGAAACAGGAAAAAGAUAGAUAGACUUAAAACAGAAAGGCAGACACAAAAUAUUGCUUUAAUUCCAGUUGUUUUCAAGCCAUCAACUCGUAGACGCAAAAUUUUACGUUUCAUUUUAAAGGUUUUUUAUUUCGAAAAAAAAAAGAAGCGAAAAACGAUAAUUUUCCUUAAAGGCUCAAAAAGUUACUUUUAUGAACAUAAUUAACCUCGAUUUUAAAUUUAUUAAAAAAAAAAAAAA